UUAUACGAUUUGAUAAUGAAAUGUUCACAACAAAUCAGUGGUCAAUCCUCACAAUUCAUUAGGCCUGAAAGUUUCCUAUUUUCCACCAGUAGAAACACGGUGGAGGAAGCAGACGGAGCGCCAUCCCCAUCUAUUGAUCGGUCACCGGCUCCGCUCAACAUGGCACUAGGGGUGGCGUUCGUGCUCAGCUUGAUCCUCGUCAUCGGCCACCACCAGGAAGGACCAGGAUCCCUCGCCAAGACCUUUACAUUUCCCGAGUACCCGUACAAGGAGACCACCAAGAAUGAGCUUCUCUUUAGACAAUUCGAGCAGGCGUGCGAGGAGAGCGGAGCCUGCAAAAUGCAAUCGCAGCACAGGAGCGGUGACGUUGCGAAAACACGGUGCAUCCGGGAAUGCGUGUCGCCGUCCUGUUACAAGGAGAUUUAUUUAUUCGAUCAAUUGGAGGAGGGUGAGAUUGACGUGAGAUUAAAUUCCUUCAAAGGUUGCUUCAUGCAGCGAAACGGUCGGCCGCGAAAGUAAGAAGAAGAAACUCGUGAAAAGAGACGCAAGUAGAAAAAGAACUUUUAAUCUGAAAAUGAACGAUUAACGCGGAGGACUGUCGAUGUACCGUUUAACCCCUUCGGAGUAAUUAUAUAAUCACGCAACAAAGAACGCGUCUUCUACGUGGCGAUUAUAUUAUAGUUAUAACAAUAACGCUUCUCUCUCUUGUUUAGCACUUGCUACCCCGAAAGGAUUAAAUCGACGUUGUAAUGUGACUGCUGCAUGAUGUGCAUGCUCGGAUGUUUGGAAAAGCACAAGAAAUGGAUUCAAAUGCAUAUCAUGCAUCAAAAAUAGCAAAAAUGCAUAACAUGCAGUUUUGCACCAGGAUAAGGAGAUAGUACAUCGAAAGGAUUAGAUUCUUAUUCAAAUACAAUCUUUUUCUACUUUUUAUACGCACAUGUUACUUACGAUAAAGCUGAUAUUGAUAUUGCACAAUAUAACUGAAUAAGUUAUUGGCUGCACCAAUAUAGUGACUGAUUCCAGUCACUGUCUUUAUAUUGUAUAUAUAUAUCACUUCUAUUAAAAUAUUCUUAAAAUAAUAUAUAUUCAAUCCUUAUAUACGAUAAUGCUGAAUAAUACAAUCUCGAUGUAUAUGUAUAAUGGAAAGAUAAAAAAAAAU